UACGAUGUGUACAUAAUAGAUGUGAUAAAUUGGGGGAAGGGGAAUAUGGAGAGGUGAGAGGGCGGAAGGCAAGAUCUGAAAAAGAGAAUAGAAAGAAUGCAGUUGAGCGAGACGGAAGGGAUAGAGGGGAAGACCUUUGUGGUGACAGGUGGACUCGGAUUCGUAGGCUCUGCUCUCUGCUUGGAGCUCAUCCGAAGAGAUGCCAGAGAGGUCCGAGCAUUUGACCUCCGCCCCUCUUCUCCUUUUUCCCCUCCUCUCCACGAUAAGGGAGUACUCUGCAUUCAAGGUGACGUUCGCCGCAAAGAAGACGUGGAAAGGGCCCUCCGCGGUGCCGAUUGUGUUUUCCACCUUGCGGCCUUUGGAAUGUCAGGUAAAGAGAUGCUCCAGUUUGGUCGUGUUGAUGAAGUCAACAUAAAUGGGACCUGCCAUGUUCUCGACGCUUGUCUCGACCUCGGCAUCACGAGGCUUGUCUACUGUAGCACAUACAAUGUUGUCUUCGGUGGUCAACAGAUCAUCAACGGGAAUGAGACAUUGCCUUAUUUCCCAAUUGAUCACCAUUCCGAUCCAUAUGGCCGUAGUAAAUCAAUCGCUGAGCAGUUGGUUCUAAAGAACAAUGCCCGCCCUCUCAAGAACAAAUCCGGAAAUCUUUACACUUGUGCUAUUCGUCCGGCUGCAAUCUAUGGUCCGGCCGAAGACAGGCAUCUUCCAAGGAUCGUAACCAUGGCAAAGUUGGGUCUCCUUUUGUUCAGAAUUGGCGACCAAACUGUAAAAUCAGAUUGGCUUUUUGUGGAUAACCUUGUCCAUGCUCUUAUAUUGGCCAGCAUGGGACUUCUUGAUGACAAUCCUAGCCAGGCAAAACGCCCUGUAGCUGCUGGCCAGGCCUACUUUAUAUCUGAUGGUUCACCGGUCAAUUCUUUUGAAUUCCUACAGCCUCUACUUAGGAGUUUAGAUUAUGAACUACCACAGACUACCCUAACUGUGGAUCGGGCUCUUGUUCUUGGGAGGAUUUGCUCCGCUGUUUAUACAAUCCUAUAUCCAUUGCUCAAUCGGUGGUGGCUUCCACAGCCGUUCAUUCUUCCCAGUGAAGUACACAAGGUGGGGGUCACCCAUUAUUUCUCCUAUCUUAAAGCCAAACAGGAGAUUGGCUAUGUUCCCAUGGUUUCAUCACGUGAGGGGAUGGCUUUGACCAUAUCUUACUGGCAACAGAGGAAAAGAGCGACUCUGGAUGGACCCACGAUAUUCGCCUGGUUGUUUUGCGUCAUUGGAAUGAUCUCACUCUUUUGCGGUGCUUUCUUACCUGACAUAGGGAUCGUUUUCUUUCUCAGAGCUACAUGUCUAUUUGUCUUUCGAUCAAUGUUGGUGACAAGGCUGGUGUUUCUUCUGGCUACAAUUGCACACAUUGCUGAGGCCAUUUAUGCUUGGCACCUGGCUCAAAGGGUAGAUCCUUCCAAUGCAAUAGGAUGGUUUUGGCAAACUUUUGCUCUUGGCAUGUUUUCGUUGCGCCUCCUUUUGAAAAGAGCAAGGACAUAAGUAUUGAGUCUCAUGUUUUUUGCAGAUUACUAGUAUAGUCAGAAAAUCAGUUCUCUUUUUCUGUCGACUACAAUUACCAAUAAAUUAACUAUCUAAGUGCUAUGAAUUUGUUUUAGACGCUAGAGAAUCACUCUGGAUUUUCUUUGUUCGUUUUGGAAUGUACUUGCCAUCUGGCUUUAAUUUCGUUGACUUCUCGGGUCAUUUCGUU